UGGCAAGUAAUGGAACCCAGUGGUGUGUGAUUUGCGGACUCUCCACGUAUACGGAUAAAGCACCCGUCUCGCCACGUCAUCCUUCCCCUCCUUUUCUUUUCCGUGUCCGUUUGCCCAAAUAACCUCUUCCACCAUUUUAUUUCACUGUUUCUGUUUUUUCCCUCUCUUUCUCUGCGCUAACUACAACUCAAUCUUCUCUCGGGUUCUGCAUCCACACUACAUGGCAGUAACAUUGCGCGGCAGCAAUAACUUUCUCUCGUUAAGCUCUUCGAAUUGUUGGCUUUCAAAUGGCUCCCCUUACGCAGGGAAAAAAGUGUCCAAGUUAGAUUGCCUACUAUUGAGUAAAUGGGGGAGUUCAAGAAAGGGAUGCCUCAUACGAUAUGAUUUUUUAUUGAGCGGUAAUCCUGGUUUAGGUUGUAGAAAGUGUUAUUUGGUGUUUUCUAACCCUAGAAGGAGGGUGCAUCUGCUACCGUUUGCCUCCUCUGAUGACGGUGUCACUACCAAUGGGAGUCUUCAAACUAGCACCGGUACUGGCCUAGAAAAGAUGAGGGUGAAACUGAAUAGGUCACUGGAAGAUGAAGAGUUUUGUGAAGGACUUGUCCAAGCUUUAUAUGAUGCAACCAGGGUUUAUGAACUGGCAAUUAAAGAGCAUAAAUCAUUCUCACGAAUGUCCUGGUUUUCAACAGCCUGGCUUGGGGUUGACCAAAAUGCAUGGGUGAAGGCACUGUCUUGUCAGGCUGCUGUGUACUCCUUACUGCAUGCUGCAAGUGAAAUUUCAUCUCAAAGCGAUGGUAGAGACAGAAAUGUCAAUAUAUUUGUUCAAAGGAGUUUGCUAAGGCUAUCUUCUCCCCUGGAGAGUUUAAUUAGAGAAAAAUUAUCAGCCAAACACCCUGAAGCAUAUGAAUGGUUUUGGUCUGAGCAAGUUCCAGCUGUAGUGACAUCCUUUGUUGACAAGUUACAAGGGGAUGGACGCUUUACUGCUGCCACUGCUUUGUCUGGAAAAAAUGUGGGUGUAAGCAGUGCAAGUGACAUAUCACUUCUUCUGCUAGCACUAACGUGUAUUUCUGCAAUUGCUAAACUUGGUCCAUCAAAAGUUUCUUGUUCACAAUUCUUUUCAAUGAUCACAGAAAUAACUGGUAGUUUGAUGGACAUGCUAGUUGGUUUGAUUCCUGUAAGUCAAGCUUAUAAUUCCAUAAAGAAUAUUGGUCUGCAUAGAGAAUUUCUUGUACAUUUUGGUCCUCGGGCUUCAUCAUGUAGAGCUAAAGAGAAGUGGGGUUCAGAAGAGGUUGUUUUCUGGGUAAAUCUUGCUCAGAGGCAGCUGCAACAAGCUAUUGAUAAGGAGAAAAUAUGGUCAAGAUUGACAACAUCUGAAAGUAUUGAGGUCUUGGAGAAGGAUUUGGCUGUUUUUGGGUUCUUUAUUGCUUUAGGCAGAAGUACAAGGUCAUUUCUUUUGACAAAUGGUUUUGAAACUCUGGAUGAUCCAAUUGAAGAUUUCAUCAGGUAUCUUAUUGGAGGUAGUAUUUUAUACUACCCUCAGCUCUCAUCAAUUAGUUCAUAUCAAUUGUAUGUGGAGGUAGUUUGUGAAGAGUUGGAUUGGCUUCCUUUUUAUCCUGGAAUCACCAGUGUUUCAAAACAGUCUCAUAUGCAUAGGAAUAAACAAGAAGGUCCUCCAAAUCCUGAUGCAGUGCCCCAAGCUUUUGAUGCUUGCUCUCAUUGGAUUCAGAGCUUUAUUAAAUACAGUACAUGGCCAGAGAGUCCUUCAAAUGUGAAAGCAGCUGAGUUUCUGUCAACGGGGCACAAGAAGCUGAUGGAAUGUAUGGAAGAACUUGGGAUGAUUAGGGAAAACGCCCUGGAGGCUGAAGCCACUAAAAUAGUUCAUGGACAUAGAUCUACAGUUCAGUCAACUAUAAAAGAGUCAGGUUCUUUUGACGAGGCACUGAAAAGUGUUGAAGAAGCUGUGAUAAGACUUGAAAAGUUGCUUGAAGAGUUGCAUGUAUCAAGCUCUAGUUCUGGAAAAGAUCAUUUGAAAGCAGCCUGUUCUGACUUGGAGAAAAUACGAAAACUUUGGAAAGAAGCUGAAUUCCUGGUGGCGUCUUUUAGAGCAAAAGCUGAUUCUCUUCAUGAGGGGGUUAACAGUGGCCGGAACUACACACCAGUUGAAGAAGACGAGUAUGUGAAAGGGAAAAGCAGAAAGAAUGCUAAUGUAAGGGUAGACAGGAACAAAAGAAAUGUUGGAAAGUCGCGUGGAUUUUGGAGCAUCUUUGAAGGUCCUGUCACCAAAAAGCCCGGCUUAGAAUCUGACGUGGAUCCUUAUGAAAAUAAUAUCGAACAGCCUGCACCAAACGUUGGGGUUGUGGAACAAGAAUCCAAUGAAAUCCGCCGCUUUGAGCUUCUGCGAAAUGAGCUUAUAGAACUUGAGAAACGGGUUCAAAGAAGUGCCUAUCAGUCAGAAAAUAAUGAAGAUUUACUAGCUAUUGAUGAUGGUGCUCGUUAUACUGAUGAGGCUGGGGUUGUUAAGAUGGCCAGGGUUGAGAAGAAAGAAAACAUCCUGGAAAAAUCUAUUGGCAGACUAAAAGAAACAGGAACGGAUGUCUGGCAAGGAACUCAGCUUCUUGCUAUUGAUGUUGCUGCUGCCACGGGUUUACUUAGAAGGGCACUUAUAGGGGACGAAUUGACGGAGAAAGAGAAGAAAACACUUAAAAGAACCUUGACUGACAUGGCUUCGGUUAUUCCUAUUGGUGUUUUAAUGCUUAUUCCAGUUACUGCCGUGGGGCAUGCUGCAAUGUUGGCUGCUAUUCAGAGAUAUGUACCCGCUCUAAUUCCAUCCACUUAUGCACCAGAAAGGUUAGAUCUCUUGAGGCAGCUUGAGAAAGUAAAGCAAAUGGCAGUCGAUGAUAUAGGCUCAGAUGAGGAAGUGGAUGAAGAUAAAUGAUUAGAAGCAAGGCCGAUUUGUGUAUAGCUAGCAAAACUAUUCUUUGUGAUCUGAUUAAAAUCGGACUGCUUUGUUAUCCUCUUUCUGGAAAUUUUUUGUUCAUGCCAAAUUUCUCAGACAGGAGUUGGGCAUAGAGAAGUUCAUUCCACGUGUCUGGCACUCCUGGUAAGCACCAGUGGCUACAAUCCUGUGGAGCAUUAGUUGGAGUGCCUGGUUCCCGAAACUUGGAAGGGUGACCAUCUUUCCUCAACUCUGAAAGAUAUGUGAUGUUCAAAAAUUGGGCUUUCCGGCUCUCAUACUGCAUCUGUUUGACAACACCAGAUAUAAAUAUGUUAUGAUAUGGUUCUGUUUCAAGUUUUGUAGGGUCAUUUUCUGGCUCUGUUUGUUUGUCACACUGUCCUCCAUCAUUCCAUGUGCCAUUCCUGCAAUUUUUGUAUCAGUGCCCAUGUCAUACCAAACUCCCUCCCCCAAAUACAUAUAUUUUAGAUUUACAAUAACAAAUUUCUGAACAUUAGUUGUUAAAGGAAAAAAGGGGGAAAACUGAUUUCUUACUUCUAGUUAUAUAGUUAAAUUGUGCAUGUUUGGAUACACGUUGUAAUCAAGGUGCACAAGUUCCGAAGCUUUGUUACAAUUUUGUUUUGAAUUGAACGUUCGUUCAGAAAACAAACACA